AUGCCUUUGAUAUUUCGUAAAAAACUUGCUGAAGAUGAAAAAAAGAUACUGGCGUGCUGGCAUAUGUUGUCUCUUCCUUCUCCACAUACUACUCCACUUCCAUCACUUGUUGCUUUAAUACCCGCAUUACUUUGGAGCUAUUUACCAACAUUUUUCAUAGAAGAGUUUAUUCAUUUCUUUAUUUUAAGGCACUUUAUGCGUGUUGAUGAUUCCAUGCGUUUAAUUAUUAAAGGACGACCAGUUUUGGAGGGUACAAAAGAUGAUGAUUGUUGCGUUUGUUAUGGAAUUGGAAUCGGGGACGGAUCAUCAUCUUUUUAUUCUGAUCAGGAUGAUGUUGAUAAUUUAUGCGAGAGUACAUUAGAAAAUUACUGUAAAGUUCCUCAUCAUGUGGCACAUCGAAAUUGUAUGCUUAAAUGGUAUACGAUGGGGAAUACGGGUUUCGUAUCGCGUUUAGCUUUGCAAAAUUUAAAUAUAAGAUUGACCAAUGCAAACUUAUUAAGACCAGCACCUACUUGUCCGAUAUGUCGUGGAGAAAUAAUUUUUAAAGUUAUUCAAAAGGAUUUAUUAGAAAAGGAAAAGGCAAAUGAAGGAAUAUGGGGAAACAAAAACAAUUGGUUGUUGAAAUUAGAUUCAUUGAUCAAAGAUUGGAGAAAUGUCAUGAAUUGGCGUUGGGUCGCUGUGAGAGUUGAGAUCACGGUCAUUUAUAUUUUAAUAGUUUGGAAAUUUUUAAAAUGGAGGGAAAAAUUGAUGCGAAACCUCAAUUAUUAUAAUCGAACAUAA